AAUUUUCAUAAAUCCCUCUGGUUUUCCCAUAGCUUUGACGAAAAUUCUGUUGGCUGCUAAAUAGAUAGUGGAGCUUGUAACUAUCAUUUUUGUCAAUGCCUAAGUGAAAUAAUAUACUUUGGUCUCGAGGAUAAGGACGAGAAUAAGAUCAAGCCUAUAUAUAAAAGGCUUUCUCAACAUCUGCUGAGACAUAGUCACAAAUUACUACUUUAUUCUGGUUUUUCAAGAAAGUAAAAGCACAUCGUUAAAAUGGGUUCUUUAAUGGCGGGAUGGGAUUCUCCUGUAUCAGAAUCGGAUCCUACAUCAGUAAUACGCGAACGAAAUCGAUCGUUGACCAAGGAAGAGAUCGAAGCUUAUUGGAAAUCAAAGAAGCAAACGGAGGCAGAACAUCUUAAAGCUACUUUUAGUCCAUCAUAUACCUGCACUCACUCUUCCCUGGAAACACCAUUGGAGGAGCAUGGAAGUAAGAAUCUGAGAUCAAACUCCAGCCAGGAGGAUGCAGAAACAAGCCUGGAGAAUAUCAUAAAGAAAAAUGGCUGGUGGACAAGGAGCAAUUGGGCAUUCUUGAAUGAACCGCCUGUACUUGACCGGCCUACCAACAGUUACAAACCACAGUUCCACGUUGCCAACCUUGCUGCUUCCAAGCUUAACCCAGAUUCUGGGAUCAGUGUUUAAUCUUUACCUACUAAAUAAAUGCUAUAUCUUUUCGGGCAUAUUUUAAGCCUAAUCCAUAUAUGUUUAUGUUAUACAAAACUGUAAGAGCUUUGCUCUCAACUCUGGUUACGUAAUGAGUGUGUGGAAUCUGUACAAAGUUGUACAUUGGGGGAUGAAUCUGUAUUUAGCAUUUGUUACACUUCA